UGUUUAAGCACCUUGGAGAACUCCGCUCCACGCGAGAGCUCACCGCAGAGCAGGAAUCAGGAUCGUGCGUAAAUUACGUCAAAUCCGGAAGAAAGCAAAUGCUGCACUGGACGGGGCUGCGCUGUCUUCACCCUUUGUUGACUAUUCCAGCCGACUGUUAACUGUUUACGGGUUUUGCCUGUAUCACUUCAACGGAUUUAUCUUCCUUCACUGCCAGCAUAUCAGAGGUGUUAUGGAGGAUUUAGAUCAACUUUGAGAUUCGGAUUCGUCCUUCGUCUGGAUCUUGUUUCGCUGGAUUUGCCGAGGCUGAUGCCAUCCAAUACAGCGGCUCACGGUAUAAACAGCAUGGCCAUCGCACAUUCCAGUGGGUCUAAAUAUAUCUAUUAAGGCCAGAAGAAGGGGGAGGACUGGAGAAGGAGGUGUGUGGGGUCGGGGGGGGACAUUUCACUGUCGUGGUGAAUUCGCACCACUUGAACCGUCUUCCGGAGUAUCAAAGAGGAGAACUUGGCUCUAUACAAACAUGCCCUCUGGUUACAAUGUGAGAUCCCGGGCUCGGGAGAGGAACAGCGUCCUGGGAAGACCUGAGUUCAUGUCCCUGAACCAGCCGCCCCCCCGCGCAGGCUCCAGCAGCACCGGCGGCGGCAACAGCGGCGGCGGCGGCGGCGGGCAGGGGUCGGGCCCGGGCCCCUCCGAGACCCGAGGCAACGCGAGACGACCGGGUCAGAUCAAGCAUCAAACCAGCCAGCCCACUGAGGAUCCCGUCGACAACGGCAGCAAGGACAGAAGAGAGUCAGGCAAAAUGCCCGAGGAGGACUGCAUGCUGCUCAAUCCUUCCUUCAAGGGGAUCGCGAAGAACUCCCUCCUCGCCAUUGACAUCUGUCUGUCCAAGCGCAUGGGGGUCUGCGCCUACACGUCUUCCUCGUGGGGGGGCUGCCGCUCCAUGGUGGCCCUGUUGGCGCUCACCGGGCAUGGCAUCACGUGGAUUAUUGGCACUAUUGUGUGCCUCACGAGGAGUAACACUCUGGCCGGGCAAGAGGUCCUGGUCAACCUGCUGCUCGCCCUCAUUUUUGACGUCAUAACCGUGGCCGGAGUUCAGAGACUGGUGAAGCGCAGAGGGCCCUGGGAGAUGAUGCCGGGCUUCAUGGACUGCGUCGCCAUGGACACCUACUCCUUCCCCGCCGCUCACGCGAGCCGGGCGGCCAUGGUGUCCAAGUUCCUGCUGUCCCACUUGGUCCUGGCAGUGCCGCUCCGCAUCCUGCUGGUGCUGUGGGCCUUCCUGGUGGGCAUGUCCCGGGUGCUGCUGGGAAAACACCACCUAACUGAUAUGGUGUGUGGGUUCGCCCUGGGCCUGCUCCACUUCAGCUUGAUGGAGACGGUGUGGCUCUCGUCAAGCAUGUGUCAGACUCUGAUUUCCAUUAGCACGCUCAGCUGGAGCCCCUUUUUCUGAGGCUUUUCCUAUAAGGCUAUGCUAGCACGCAAGGCUGAUUUGAUACACUAACUCUGCUAUGGAAGGGUCUUGUAAGGAUAUUUUUUGAAUUGCAGG